AUACUGAGAAAUUUUUACAACCUGCAGGAAGAGAUACGAAACAAAUAAGCUGUCAAAUGCAUGUUACGUCAAAUUGAGCAACCAAUUGAGCAGUGUGAUUUUAAUUAACGGACGGCUCCACAAUUAAUUUUACAAGAUGCGGAUUUUAUUUACUGUGCUUUUGUGCCUUACUUUGGCUGCCUGCAUAAAUGCAGAUUAUCAGAACAAUUGUACCAUAGGUAAACGUGAAGAAGAUGAUUUCAUGUUUAUUGAUAAAACUGUUUCCAAGCCUGCCAUUCCUUUGGUAGCCUCCAGACACGUAAUCAGCUUAAAGGCCCCUAAACGUACAAUUCUCACCGAUAUUCAAAUCAUAAUUCUAAGAAACAAACAAGCUAAAUGUAUAGUGAAACACCACAGAGAAACAAGUGUGCUAAUAAUACUUGAGGGAAAACCGGGAGAAGGGUUGGCUUAUAAUGUGAAGGGCUAUGCAAAAUAUAUUUUAACAACACUUGCUCAAACUAGCACAUCUAAAGGUAGCGAAGAAAGCAAUAGCGAAAACGACAACACACCCAAUGCCGGGGAUGGAAAUAACAACUCAGGCGAAGGUGGCGAUGAAGGAAAGAGCGCACCUGAUGCCGGGAAUGGAGGUAACAAUUCAGGCGAAGGUGGCGAUGGAAAAAACAGCGUACCCGAUGUCGGGAAUGGAGAUAAUAACUUAGGCGAAGGUGGCGAUGAAGGAAACAGCGCACCAAAUGCCGGGGUUGGAGAUAACAACUAAGCCGAAGGUGACGAUGGAGGAAAGAGUUCUCAAUGCCGACAAUGGAAAUAAUAAUUCAGUAGAACGUGGCGAUGCGCAAUAAAGGAAAUAGCACACCAGAUACAUGAGGAUCGAAACAACAACUCAGCCGAAGAUAGGCAAAAUAGUAUAAUUUUAAAAUAAAUACAAAACAUGUUUAUAUUGUUUAUCAGAUAAAAGUCAUUUUAGUUACAUAUUGAUAUAAAAUUUAAAAAAAUUAUGUAAAAAAUUCUUAGUUAUCAAAUUUAAACUAUUUUGCUGUGAUUUAUACAUACAUAUGUCUAACAUAAAAAUGCUAGACAUGUUUGUCAAAGUUUCGAAAGUGUAUGUUUAAAAUACUUAUAUUAUUGUCGAAAAAUUUAAUAUAAGUGUCUUAUUAAAAAGCAUUAUUUUAAAGUAUAAAUAAAAUUAAUUAAAAAUAUACUGCAAAAUGGCUGGCAUUCUAAGUACAAAAGGAUAAACUACGAUAAAAAUAAAAUAUUAUGAAAUUUCAGUAAAUAAAACCUAAAACUGCUGAUGCAAA